AUGUUUGAGCUCCCAGACGCCAAGAGAGUCCGGCGAGAGGACCUUGACGGCUCGUCCGAUGACGAAAAGGCGGUCCACGAUGAACAGCAGGACGCCGAGCUGCUCGCGAAGCUCCACGCCCGCAUGGCGGGGAUGCUCGACCUGAGCGGCAUCGACCCGAGGCCCACGAAGACCACCUCCACCACGGGCCAAGACGCGCCGAUGACGGACGGCCCAAACGCCGACGACGCAAACGACGAUGACGGCCCCGAAGAAUUCGAGUUCCGGCUAUUCACGACGACGGACCUGGCGACCAAGAUCGCGUUGGUCGACGAGGACGAGCUCGCGCUUCAAAGGGACGGCGACAUGCUGCGCAAGAGGCCGCUGUCGUACUACAUUGCGGGCGAGCCGACGUCCGAGGCCAAGGCGGAACUGGCGUUCGCGGCGGUGUCGGGCGACGAGGUGCUCGCGCGCGCGACGCAGCGGUGGUGGGGCAUGGAGAUGCCGUGGCGGGUGACGCGGAUCCCCGGCGCGUCGAAGAAGAGGACGAAGACGACGGGCAAAGGAGGAGCCGCAGAAGAUGAAGAAGAUAAAGAAGCACGGAGGAGGCGGCCCGGGAAGAAGAAGCGAAUCGCGCUGAGGGUCAGGGAGCGCGAGCGGAAGAAGAAGGCUGAGGAGGAGGAGAUGAAUAAGGCGGGAAAGGAGGAGGCACUCAAGGAGAAGAAGAAACGGCUCAACCGGUUGAAGAAGCUGAGAAAGCGCGCCAAGGCCAAGGAGGGCAAGAAGGGCGACGGCGGCGAGGACGGGGCCGAGGGGGGCGAUUCCGGGUCCGGGUCCGACGGGGGUGAUGAGUGA